UUAUUGGAUUCUGCAGUCACAUUUUGAUUGGAGGUUGCUGACAUAUUGGUUACUAGAGAAUUCUAUUGGUGUAUAACGGUCAGGCAGGCGUACUGCCAACGACUGUGGAACUUUGCUUUGGAGUAAACCGGUCGCGAUAAGCGAAGAGAAUGCUCAGUGGUUUGCAGUAACUCAUUCCUGCCUUACAGACCACAUCCACAUCGAGAUAGAAGGAUCAGCCAACCAAAUGGCCGAACGGAACCUGCGUGCGGGACGAAGGGAGAGAAGCGUGUCGCCAUCACCUCACGGUAGGCGGGACAGGCGUGGAAAACGGCAAAGCAGGACACUCGUCAUUAAAACCCACACACUCGACAGCCUCGACUAUGUGGCUCUUCCAUACGACUUAAGGAACAUUGGGGUACAAGAGUCUGAUGGGAAUUUCUUUGAAAGCUUCACAGCAUUGUCAUGGAAACAGGAAAACCGAAGACUUCGCACUGCCACUGAGGAUGAGAAAGAAGCCAGCAAACCUCCUCCUUCUGAGCUGCAGUUUAGCCCUAAACCUAAAAGCCAUAUUCUGGAUAAGAAAGAGUUUGAACUGCUAUACAUUGAAGUCUUGUACACGAUCAAACAUAAGAUAGGCACAACCACUGGUGGCCAUCUGCCAUACAUUCAAGACCUGUACCAGUAUGCACAGGAGGCAUUUGGGGUUAACCCUGAGGACCAUGCCCGCCUGCUGGCCAAGGCCACGGAAGAAAAGCCGCCAAUCUUGAUCAUCAACAUUUGUGUGGUGGAGGCUCGGGGUCUGGAAGCCAAGGAUGCAGAUGGUUUCAGCGACCCCUAUUGCAUGCUGGGAAUUAUGCCUGGCAAAGUCCCAGAGGACGCCAUGAAUGCCAUCUCCUCAGACGAAGAUUCUGCCAAAUCCAAGGAGAAGGAAAAGAAAGGCCCAUUGAAAAAGUUUUCACAAAGUUUGAAGAAAAAGAAAGACAAAACUCAUGCUGUGAGGGACAUGUUACCUGCCAAGUUGAUCAAGACAACCAGUGUGAAGAACAACACUUUGAACCCUGUGUGGAACGAGAAGUUCAGAUUUGACCUUGAUGAUGUAUAUACUGACAGAUUACAUCUGGAUAUUUGGGAUCAUGAUGACGAGUCCUCGGUGUUUGAUGCUGCUAAGAAGCUGAAUGAGGUGGCCAGUUUCCGUGGCUUGGGACGGUUCUUCAAGCAGGUGGCCCAGUCCGCUCGCACCCGCAGUAGUGGCAGCGUAGAUGACUUUCUGGGCUGUGUCAAUGUCCCUCUUCAUGAUGUGCCAUCAACAGGCAUGCUAAAGUGGUAUCCCCUGGAGGGGCGGACAUCACGCUCAAAGAUUCAGGGGGAGAUUUGCCUACAGCUUAGCCUGGCUACUCGGGAGGAUCGGGGAAUUCCCGAGGAUGACAACUGGACUGAUGUCAAGCAGCACGAGGACCUUAUGUGUAUCUUCAUACAGCAUGAGCAGAGAAAGUUCCGGGAUGCGAGUUACAAGUGGAGUGGGAAUUUACCCCAGGCUGCCCUCACCAUCCUCCAUCAGCAUGCCAUACAGGGUGACGUCACAAACAUACAACAGGCCGUCUGUCGCUGGGUGGCAUACAGUAGGAAGCACAUGGAACACCCAUUUGACUACGCCUUUCUGUUGAAGUUGUUAGAAGAGUUAGAGGAGAUCUGGGUACCCGGCUCACUGUCCCGAGAUGAGGAGGAAUCUCUUGCAGAAUCAUUCAACAUUUUCAUAGAGUUUUGCCUCAAUCUCAUCCGCAAAAUCCGAGAUAUUUUCCCUCCCGCCAACAAAGCCGCUUACCGUAGACUAGAAUAUAUUGUACAAUGUUUAUCCAAAAUAUACAAACUUAAAGUGUUCAAAAGAUGCUGUCCAUUUCAAAAAGAAUUGUACGCAGAGAUUAAUUAUGCCGUCAAGAAAGGUACUCUUGAAUGGUAUGAGAGGAUGCAUGCCAUCUCCAAGGCUCAAGCCAGGACAGAUGAGGAUGUGAUCCAGUCCCUGAUAGAACUCACCAACAUUGUCAACAAUGAUGUCUACAAGGCAGAGCAUUAUUAUAACAAAAUAUUUAACAGCAUUGAACAUGUACACUACUUCAACUUGACAUAUCGACAGCUGGAAAAACUGUUAGCUGAUGAUGCAAGCAGAGCGAUGGAAGAAGAACUUGGGGAUGAGAUGCACAAGUCCCUGGAGGGCAGCCUGGACCUGGAGGAGACCGAGUUCAUCAGCAGCUCAGCACUACAUUUUAACACAAACCUUUUUGAGCUUUACCUUGCUCUCCAGGAGUUCUGCCGGUUUAAGGAGUCUCUCCCUCAAAACGAGUGGAGAUCUUUGACCAUCACACAGUAUUAUGAAUGGUUCCGGUUUGCUGUACAGAAAUGGCUGGCUGUGGCCAAACACAAGUCCUUAAAACGUAUCAAAAAAGCUGUGGAACUAGACAAGGUGGCAGGAUCAAAUGACUCUGUCAAAUACAGUACAUCUGCUGUUGAUGUCUGUAGCUGCUUUAACCAGAUAGCAGAGUUUUGGAAACAGUUGUCCUGGCCUGCUGCUAACGGUGCUUUUACAUAUGUCUCCAAAGUCACAGAGGACAUUUGUAAUGGUGCAAUGUUGUAUGCUGACCUGGUCCACGAGAAGCUGAGAGACGCUGGUUACUAUGACGAGGAGGGCCAGUUUGAUGUCACUGAACAGCUGUGCAUAACCAUCAACAACAUAGAACAGGUGAGACGAGCCCUGAAACCUCUGCCAGAAACCUUAGGUUAUAGUGACAUCCAGAAAAACAUGGAGAAAAGCCACGGCGAAAAGGGCUUACGGCAGGUGAAGACAGCCUUACACAACAUGCUGAGGAAGGCGGAUGAUGAGAUGACCAGGAGAAUCAAAAAUGUGGUGGAUCGUGUGGCCGAUAAGAUGAGACCAGAUAUUAAGAAAGACGUUUUUCACCUGAAUUGGGCUCCAGAAUCUGUCCCGGCUGAAGAUGCUGUCGUUGACCUUAUGGAGUAUCUGGACAGUAACCUGCUGACCUUGAACAAUAACCUUCUGAGGUCAAAUUUUGACCGGAUCCUGGAGUCCAUCUGGGUGGAGGUGCUGGAAGAGUUCAAGGAUGUGAUGAUCAAGGAGGAGCAGAAAGCACCUGCAUUUUACUUAAGAAUGUAUGAAGCUCUGGGACUGCUGGUGGAUUUCUUCCAUGCUAAUGAAAAAGGAUUACCUGUACAAACCAUAAAGUGUCCACAAUACAGGGAGUUACGAGAACAGCUUGGCUUGCGGAGGAUGGAAACCAGAGAUCUGAUAGAGAAAUUCUACAUGGAGAAGCUACAGGCUCAGAAAGAACUAGAGAAGACAGAUUUUGGAGUGCUUACUGUGAGAGUCUCCUAUAAAUUUGAUUCUCACACUUUACUGGUGGAGGUGGUUCAUGCUCGAGAUAUUAUUCCCCUGGAUGCAAAUGGGCUCAGCGAUCCAUUUGUCCUUAUUCAGCUCUGUCCUGAACACAUCUUCCCAGGGGUCCAGAUACAACAAACCAAAGUCAUUAAGAAAACCCUCAACCCAGACUUUGACGAGAGAUUUGAAUUUUCCAUUCAUCCUGACCAGUGUGCAUUCCACGGGUCCUGUAUUGUCUUCACUGUCAUGGAUCAUGAUAUCAUGUUCCAAAAUGACUUUGCUGGGGAGGCAUUUUUAUCACUGCGGGAAAUCCCAGGCGUGGACGGCGAGGAAGUGACUGGUUAUGAUGCUCUUCAUGAAAUACAGCUUCCUCUUGCACAGCCCAAACAUAAAGAAAACGGUGCCUUUGAAAUCUUGCUGGCGAGAACAUUUGACAAGGAGGCUCAGGAUUUUGCCAAGAAAAGAGCUAAAGUUGAGGAACAGGCAGUUUGAUUUUUUCCUUGGCACGCAUGCAUCCAAUCAUGCUUGACUUCAUUACCACAUACAUACAUGUAUCUGUUUUUAAAUGUAGUGUGAGAUCUCAGAAUCAAGGUAUUGUGUCAUUUUGAUUCCUGAUUUGGCUAUGAAUCUAGGAGGAGUUUUAAACAAUGAAUUCUCAAAGGGCAUUGUCCUGAAUAUUUGAUACAGUACUUAAUAUAGCCGACAGACAAGUGUACGACUUACACAAGUUUUUAUGUCAUUUCCCCCACCCCCACCCAAAAUUUUUUCACUUUAAAGUUUUUACUGUGUAGCUUUCUGGGUUCAUUCACUAGAGAACUUCAGUGAAUGUCUAGGGAUUUCUUGCAAGAGACUCAUUUUAUACUCAUUCAUUUAUAUUAUUUUUAUUUGCAAUAUAUUUUUUACGUUAUUGUUUUUUUUGGCAUUGGA